AACUGGGGUUUCAUGCCAGAAAUAAUUCCUUAUGUACUGCUGUGACUUCCUGGAAGGAGCUGCAGGAUGGUGCUGCUUCAUCUCCCCCUCAUCCCGAGCCUCCUGCUCGCAGAUGCUGUUAGCAGCGUGUAGGAAUGUUCCCCGACUGGUUCCAUGCCAUUGCAGUCAGUGGGGCAAGCAGUGGGUAAAGCAAGGCGUGGAGAUGUUCUAAUUCCAUGGCUGAUCUUUCUGUGGGAGCAGCACUUCCCAUGGUGUAUUGGGAAGAAGAUGUGUCACUGUGCUGGUUCUGGGUCACUAAUCAUAAAAUCACAGAAUGGAAUGCGUUGAAGGGACCUUAAAGGUCAUCUACUUCCAGCUGCCCUGAUGUGGGCAGGGAAACCUUCCACUGCCCCAGGAAGAAAAGGGUUCUGGGAGGUUCCCCAGGCCAAAUUCCUGCUUGUAGUGUGAAAACUGCCAUUGGAGUAUGUUGUUCAGGGCUGUGUUGGAUUAAAUUAUAUAUAUCCACUAGGAUGGAAACUCCUCCACCUCCCUGAUCUGGUCCUACUUAUCUUCAUGGACUUUGCCACAGGAACUUAAGGAGGAAAAUCAGGAGAAUGUUUUGUGUAUUUCUGAGUUGUAACUUCCUUUCAAGUCUAGGGCUGAGAGUGACAAGGACCUGCUAAUCCCUCCGCAGCUGCUAGAGAUGCCAGAGGGCCCAUCAGUGAGGAAGUUCCAGCUGCUGACCUCCCCUUUUGUGGGGCAGGUGGUGGCCAAGGUGGGGGGAAGCAGCCAGAAGCUCAAUGUGAAUGACCUGAAUGCCCUGAGGCUCCAGGACUCCCAGGCUCAUGGGAAGAACUUGUACCUGGCAUUCGUGGCAGCUGAAGCUCCCUUUGGACCAACCGCAGAAGAGACAGCGCAGCAAAGAGAGGCUGCUUGUGGGGCAUGCUGUCCUGCCCAAGGACAACAAGGACAGGCUGGUGUUCCACAUCCCCAUUCCCAGGAUGAGGAGCUGCAGGAACCUCAGCACUCAAGGUCUGAAGCCCCAGAGGCAGCAGAGGGUCGGGGCAAUUGGCUGCGCAUCCACUUUGGCCUGUUCGGCAGCGUCCGGGCAAAUGAGUUCUCGAGGGCAAACAGAGCCAAUAAAAGGGGGGAUUGGAAGGAUCCUGUGCCCAGGUAUUUCCUCUUCUCUUUUCCCCCAAACCAAAUCUGUUUGUGUUGGGUUCACCACCAAGCUUCAUGGCUGCAGUCAUUAAAGAUGCCACCUUGCCUUGAGACAGUGGCCAGCUCUGACAUCCUGUCUGUGGAAUUCCACCGUGGCCGGGCGCUGCGUGCCCUCUGUGCACCCGAUCCCAUCUGCUACACCCUCCUAGACCAAAGAUAUUUUUCAGGGCUGGGGAACAUCAUUAAGAAUGAGAUCUUGUACCUGGCCAGGAUCCACCCGUUAACACCGGGCUCCCUCUUGGCUCUCUGUGAUCGGGAGCGUCUGCUGGACUGCGCCGUUCAGUUCAGCUCUGAGUGGCUGCACAACAAACUGCAGGGCCAAGGGCUGCACCCCCAGGUGUACCAGAAGGAGCAGUGUCCCCUGGGGCAUCCCCUGAUGAAGGGCACUUUUGGACCCUUGGGUGGCUUCAAGAGACUUACGUGGUGGUGCCCUCAGUGCCAGCCUGUAGUGCUGCCAGGGGAUGGGGACCCUUCCCCAGUCACUGGCUGACCUGUCCUGCAGGGUGCUGGGUGGUCUCUCAUCCAUGCUCUUCGUUGUCCUAAAAGCUCUCUGGUUUUUUUGAGGCUGUUGAGUUUGGUCCUUAGGGAGUUGACAGAGUUACGUGCUCAGUGGAGGUCCCAGCUCCCCUGAGUGGCUUCAGAAAGGAAAAACUGGCUGUCCAUGGUUUUUGUGGUUUUGUUUUUGGGUUUGUUUUUUUUUUUGUCAUGGUGGCACAACAGUGUGAAGAGUUUGACCAGUUGUUAGGAGUACUGAUUGCCCUGUUCAGGUGGCAGUGGAUGGGAAGGGUAAAGGGUUGAGCAUGGGAUUGCUGUGGUUUGAAGUGACCCUGUCCCUUGACCCUGGAGGAGUCGGCAAAACAAAGGACAUCCCUCUGCCUAAACAGCUUGAUUAAUUAGGAAUUAAAUAGUCCUGCCUCUGUCAGGAGCUGAAUACCUGUGCUGGGCUGUGAUGGGGUGUGGUUAAACAUGAGGGGCUGUUCCCUGUGUCAGAUGUGACAGGAACAGCUCCCUUCUUCCACGUCAACAUAGACAAAAUAUACGUCAGCAGGGCUUGGUAGAGCUCAUCUCUGCACCCACAGGUUUCAGCUUUGUGGCAAGCUGCCAAUUCCAGAUCUCACUGUAAAAGUUAAAAAAAAUACAGUGUGUGACAGUGUUUCAUAAAACUCAGGAUCUCCAAGGAAACCUGAAAGCAGAAAGGUUUGGAAAUAGAGCUGAGUCUCUAUACACUAGGUGGGAGCUGCUGCUGUCCUCUCUCCCUCGAUUUGAGUUUAAUAAUAAGUUUUUGACUUGAGCAAAAAAAUAAAAGUUGGAAUUAGAACUGGU